AUGAAGGUAUUUCCCACUAAGCUAAGAAACAUUUCUCAUUCGCACAAGCACGGUCAGUUUGCCGUUGUGAAUACGGAUGCUGUGUUCGACCGCUCGCUACAGAGUCAGCAUGCUGCAGGAAUAGAGUCGGACGUUCAGGAGGCACCUAACAUCAGCAAACUUUCAAGAACAUACGAGAGGAGAAUCAGUCGCGGGAGUUUUGAUUCGCGCUCCACGAUGCUCAAUUUCUCCAGGAAGCAAAUGUUUGAAAAGAACAAACAGAACGAGAUCCACAAGAGUAUGGUGGCUACUCUGGUGUCCCUUAUGUAA